UCUCAGAAAACAUUUACUUGUCAAGAAUGUGGUAAAGUUUUCAAUGCACAUUACAACCUGACUCGCCACAUGCCCGUUCAUACAGGAGCACGUCCAUUUGUCUGUAAAAUAUGUGGUAAAGGAUUUCGACAAGCCAGUACCCUCUGUCGACAUAAAAUAAUCCACACACAGGAGAAACCCCAUAAAUGUGCGACUUGUGGUAAGGCUUUUAAUAGAAGUUCCACCCUUAAUACUCACAUGCGCAUACACAAUGGCUACAAACCUUUUACCUGUGAAUAUUGUGGUAAAGGUUUCCAUCAAAAAGGUAAUUACAAAAACCACAAACUAACUCACAGUAUAGAGAAACAAUAUAAAUGUACUAUAUGUAACAAGGCAUUCCAUCAAAUAUACAAUCUAACCUUUCAUAUGCACACGCAUAAUGACAAGAAACCUUUCACGUGCGUUAUAUGUGGCAAAGGUUUCUGUAGAAAUUUUGAUUUAAAGAAACAUAUUAGAAAAUUGCAU